AUGUCGGUAGAAGAAUUACUGAAAUCAUUGAAAACGAUUGGUAAGCGAUGUGGCGAAGACCAAAUCGACAGGCUGCAUUACUUUGUAACGGCAAAUCUACUGGUUGCGGCAAGCACAAUAUCGGCCUGGAAAAUGUUGGAUGGACGAGCGCUGGAGUGUAUGACACCGACUGCUUUUCCAAAUUCAUGGAUUUCUGUUAGUUUCGUCCUAUUUUGUCAGUGA